ACAAGCUAUAAAUAGUUCUGUGCUAAUCCAUCAGAGAUAUUCCAUUGCCUGGACUACUUGUCUUCCUUUUAGGAAGCGAGGACCAAGUAAGUAUGAAGUUCUUCAUUUUUACCUGCCUUUUGGCCGUUGCCCUUGCAAAGCAUAAGAUGGAACAUGUCUCCUCCAGUGAGGAACCUAUCAAUAUCUUCCAGGAAAUAUAUAAGCAGGAAAAGAAUAUGGCCAUUCAUCCCAGAAAGGAGAAACUUUGCACCACAUCCUGUGAGGAAGUUGUAAGGAACGCAAAUGAAGAGGAAUAUUCUAUCAGAUCAUCUAGUGAGGAAAUUAAGAUUACUGUGGACGAUAAGCACUACCAGAAAGCCCUGAAUGAAAUCAAUCAGUUUUAUCAGAAGUUCCCCCAGUAUCUCCAGUAUCCGUAUCAAGGUCCAAUUGUUUUGAACCCAUGGGAUCAGGUUAAGAGAAAUGCUGGCGCCUUUACUCCCACCGUGAACAGAGAGCAGCUCUCCACCAGUGAGGAAAAUUCAAAGAAGACCAUUGAUAUGGAAUCAACAGAAGUAUUCACUAAGAAAACUAAACUGACUGAAGAAGAAAAGAAUCGCCUAAAUUUUCUGAAAAAAAUCAGCCAGUAUUACCAGAAAUUUGCCUGGCCCCAGUAUCUCAAGACUGUUGAUCAGCAUCAGAAAGCUAUGAAGCCAUGGACUCAACCUAAGACAAAUGCUAUUCCCUAUGUGAGGUACCUUUAAGAUUCUUGAAUUAACUGCUUCUACCUGGUUAUGGUUGGACUGGAAAAUCUAUCUUCUACAGUUUCAGAUCUACCACUUUACUUCAUACAAGCAGCAUGUUUGGGGUGGUGCAUCAAUAAGACAAAUCGCAGAGUAUUUGCUGAAUUAUUUAUACUCUCCCGGUUAGUUUAUAUUGAAUAUACUGGGUUUAUAUGGUGGUUUCAUACAAACUUAGCUGAUGAUUAUUUAAAAUCCUUUCCCUAAUCUUUCUGAGUUAUAGAAAUAUUUUUCUUUCCCUUUGGAAAUAAAAUGUCAAGUGCA